CCUUUACAAUCUUAAUAUGUUUUAAUUAUUUAAUGUCGUAAAAGCGGUGUUUAAAUACAAAUCUCCGAGUAUGUCAAGUACACGAGCGCAGACUCUUAGUCUCUACAGGAGGCUAAUACGGGAAUGCAAGAAGUUUAAUUCUUACAAUUUUAGAAUGUAUGCACUUGAGAAAACACGCUAUGAGUUCCGUGCUAAUAAAGAAGUGACAGAUCAGCAACAAGUAUUAGCUCUGCUGGGUAAAGCACAAGAAAAUCUAGAUAUUACAAAGAGACAGGUUUUGAUAGGACAGAUGUAUGGCGAGGGACAUUUGAUCAUUGAAAAUCCAGAGUAUAUGAAGAAGUCUUGAUGUACAUAUUCCUUAGCUCAAAUUCAUAAAAUAAAUAAGUUCUGCCAAUGAUAUUUAAGUUUAUUCAAAAUGUAGAGUGAUACCAAAGAGAAACAUUGUGUUACAAUUUUUGUUAAUUCAAUGACUGUUGUUAUAAAUACCAUAAGAGAGUAUGGUGCUGCAGAUGAAGUGAUGGAAAUAUUGAGAUCAGAUUUGGAUUUUGUCAUGUGUCAGCUUCGAUGUAAAAUCAAGUUUUACUUGUUGUUAUUUAAUCACUACUGUUGUGGAUCUUUAUUAAACAGUUCUUCUGA